CACACACAUCACGGUCCUUCUACUGUAACCAUCCCAGUCGUAUACUAUAUAGUCUCAUUAUGAAAUUCGCUCUCGCCUCUUCUGUUUUGGUUUUUACGGCUGUCGCGUCGUCGGCCUUUGUCCCGCACCAGGCCUUGGCCCGGGCCGGGAGUUCCUCGUUGCACAGCGCUGUUUCGGAUACCUACACCUUUACCAAAAGCGAAGAAAUCUUUGCCGAAGCCAAAACUUUAAUGCCCGGUGGUGUUUCGUCGCCAGUCCGCGCGUUCAAGUCCGUCGGCGGCAACCCCGUUGUCUUUGACAAGGUCAAGGGAGCCUACGCCUGGGACGUGGACGGCAACCAAUACAUUGAUUACGUCGGAACCUGGGGACCGGCUAUUCUCGGACACGCCGAUGACGACGUCCUCGCCGCCAUUACCGAAACCAUGGCCAAGGGAACUUCCUUCGGUGCCCCCUGUCCCUUGGAGAACGAGCUCGCCAAAGCCGUCAUUGCCGCCGUGCCUUCCGUAGAAAUGGUGCGAUUCACCAACUCUGGUACCGAAGCCUGCAUGGGAAUGAUUCGUUUGGUCCGCGCACACACGGGUCGGGAAAAGGUCAUCAAGUUCGAAGGAUGCUACCACGGACACGCCGAUUCAUUUUUGGUCCAAGCCGGAUCCGGCGUCGCCACGCUCGGUCUCCCCGAUUCACCCGGGGUCCCCAAGGCUGCCACCAGUGCCACUUUCUGCGCCGAGUACAACAACCUCGAAUCGGUCAAGAAAAUUUUGGAGGAACACAAGGACGAGUUUGCCGCCAUUAUUCUCGAACCCGUCGUGGGCAAUUCCGGAUUCAUCAAGCCCACCAAGGAGUUCUUGCAGGGUCUGCGCGAUUUGGCCACCGAAAACGGCGCCCUGCUCGUCUUUGACGAAGUCAUGACGGGAUUCCGCGUCGCCUACGGAGGUGCUCAGGAGUACUUUGGCGUCACCCCCGACGUCACCACCAUGGGCAAGGUCAUUGGCGGUGGACUCCCGGUCGGAGCCUACGGUGGCCGCAAGGAUAUCAUGGAAAUGGUCGCCCCGGCCGGUCCCAUGUACCAGGCCGGAACUCUCUCCGGCAACCCCCUCGCGAUGCGGGCGGGCAUCGAAACCCUCAAAAAGCUGAGCGCCCCCGGAACACACGAGGAACUCGAACGCAAAUCCCAAAAACUGAUCGACGGCAUUGCCGCCGCCGCCGAAAAACACGGCCACGACUUUACUUCCGGGUGUGCCGGAGGUAUGUUCGGAUGGUUCUUCACCAAGGGACCCGUCACCAAUUUCAGUGAGGCCGCCAAGUCGGAUAGCGAAAAAUUUGGCAAAUGGCACCGCAUGAUGCUGGAACGGGGUGUCUACCUGGCGCCGUCCCUAUACGAAGCCGGCUUUAUGAGUAUGGCACACACGGAUGCAGAUAUUGAAAAGACAAUCGCCAUUGCCGACGAAGUCAUGGCAAAGUUGUAAAACAACAAGGGAAUACUAGUGGGUAGCCUAUCUUGACGAGAAUAACGUAGCAUCGCCUUACACAACCGUCCCACCGGAACUUUUUGGGCAAGCAAAAGAUUCAAAUACAAACGUAACCUAUUUACAUAU